CUUAGUCAAUCAACACUUAAGCAGGAUGACGUCCAACCUAAACACUCGAGUUGGAUGGAUCCUUUACGUCAUUUUUGUUUUGUUCUGCUUAAGCAAGAGAGUCAUGGCUUCACCUGUCACUAGUGACUUGAGUCGGUCCACUCGAAUUGGCCCUGAAGGUCCGGAAUUCUGGAUCCAGCCAUGCGGAUACACUGUGGAAGGAAAUACUCCACCGUAUCCUGACUCUGUUUUAGCAGGAGAUUACAAAUCUUACCUGCAGAUGGACCUCCUUUAUCUCGAACAGUGGCUGGGGAAUUUCUGUCAGGACAAAUUCCUAAUGUCUUUUGCCGAUCAAGUGAAAAGCGAUGAAGCUUACCGCUAUGAUUGGCUUCAAGUUAACACCGUCAUUCCAAAAAAGCCCGGUCAGCACUUGACUGCAUCCCAUUAUUCUCAACAGCAGUUUUCUGCCAUGUUGACCGAAUCAUCCAACAUUUUCCAACGGAUUGCCAUUGGUUGGGAACAAAUGGAAUACGAGAAAACCGAUUCCUCUUACAAAGAUUAUUUCACAUCCGCAAAAUUCCGCAUGAAAACUACGUUGUGUCAGUUGGAUGGAUAUUUGGCUGAUAAGAAAAUGUCUCCGGCGCCCAAUCCGACCCGGUCCAUUAUGCCAAAUGAAUUGCGUUCAAUCACAAGCGCAUCCCAACGGGACGAACGUAAUUUCCGCAUCAUAAAAGAAUAUGUCAACGCCCUAGAAUAUUACAUCGAUGCAUUUAACUACUUUGAAACAGCUUCGGCUCAGAAGUCUUCCCUCUAAUUAUUUCCUAUAAUUUAUUUCCCUCUGGCUUUUGUGAUAGUUUAUAGGAAAAAAGAUCUCUAUUCAAAAAAUAUGUCUCUUACAAAAUGAUCUUGUUAAAAAGAAACGUUUAAGGUGCUAGAUUACGUCCCAGUCUUGAUUAUAAUUCCAUAUAAUUAAUAUUUAAUAUUAUGUCCUAUGUAUAUUUUGAAUCGUUUGCCAAAGUAUUUAUCGCAGGGACUUUAUGUUGACUUGACUUAAUGUUGCUAAUAAUAACCACAAAUGAAAAUCUAUUUAACAGUGCCAAACUAUUGCCAAAAAUCAAAGAGAGAAGAAUAAAACA